CUAUGUGUAUAACUGGUUGCGCACCUUUAGUUUUAUGUACUACUAAGUACAUAAUUAAUUCCUUUAUGUAUAUUUUUAAUUCUAAAGCAAUUAGAAGGGGAUAAUAUUUAUUUUUCAUCGAAUUCUAGUUGUCCGAUGAAGUAGUUCGGAUUUAUAAACUUAAAUUAUUGCGCCUACUUAAAAUUGUUAGGUUAAGCUGUCAGCAAUCAUUUGUUUUCUACAAAAGCAAAUUAAUCUAAACUAAAACAUUAGUUUUAAACAUAUUAUAAGCCUGAUAUCAUGGUUAUUUAUGGUGUUUAUAUUGUAUCAAAGUCCGGGGGCUUAAUAUUCAAUCAUGAUCAUAACACACCGAAAAUAGAAACAGAAAAAACAUUUUCUUACCCUUUGGACAUCAAACUGAAAUGUGAAAACAAGAAAAUCAUUGUAGAAUUCGGCCAACGCGAUGGAAUUCAUGUUGGUCAUGUAUUGUAUGCAAUAAAUGGUAUGCCAGUAACAAACAGGCAGUUGGAUGAUGGCAGAGAUGCUCUAGAAGUAAUAGAAAACAAAGAAAACUACCCGAUUUCAUUAAAAUUCGGCCGGCCCAAGAUGACCACCAAUGAGAAAAUCUUCCUUGCCAGCAUGUUCUAUCCACUGUUUGCAAUUGCAAGUCAGCUGAGUCCAGAACCAAAGUGUUCAGGUAUUGAAGUUCUGGAAGCUGACACAUUUAAACUGCACUGCUUCCAGACCAUAACUGGAGUAAAAAUGAUGGUAGUGGCAGAACCAACUCAAGCACACAUGGAUUUCCUACUCAAGAGAAUCUAUGAAUUGUAUUCUGAUUAUGCACUUAAGAAUCCUUUUUAUUCACUUGAAAUGCCCAUCAGGUGUGAGUUGUUUGACAGCAACUUGAAAUUAUUGCUGGAGCAGAUUGAAAAGAGUGGCAUUGCUAAUGUUUAAGCUAAUUUAUUAAUAUAAUUAUAAUUAAGUAAUAAUAGACAUCAUGGGACAUUCCAAGCAUUAAAAUAGUUAAUCCAUUUCA